CCUGCGUGAAAGUAGGACCUGUGGAGGAGUUUCGCUGUUCUGCUACUGUAAAAUCUAAGCGUAGUGAAUCGCUAGGAGAGAUACAGGGGAAUAAUGGAGCCGAAUUCACGAGCGUUCCCCGAUAAUGCUAUUUUGAAAUGAUACUAAUAGCGUAUUUAGGAUACCUUUAUGCUUGGAUUCAAACAGCCGCAGUGUGUACACAAAUCAAACAACUGCAGCAGAGGCAGAUGAUGGAGGAGCUGUGGAGACGUGGCAUGCCCCUGUCAGAUCGAAUGGAAAAUGACCCCCCAGCCGAUAUGGCCCCAGGGUCCCCGACCACAGCGGCCCCGUCGGGCUCCAACACCUCCUGGGUGCCAGACACCCCCCUGGUGACCCCUGAGGAACCAUACUUCCUCAUGACCUCCACUGCCCAGACCGUGUCAGGGUUCUUUGUCUGGACAGCCCUGCUAAUAACCUGCCACCAGAUCUACAUGCACCUGCGCUACUACAGCUCUCCCAAUGAGCAGAGGCACAUAGUUCGCAUCCUCUUCAUCGUUCCCAUCUACGCCUUUGACUCAUGGCUCAGCCUCCUCUUCUUCACUAACGAAGAGUACUACGUCUACUUUGACACGGUCCGCGACUGCUACGAAGCGUUUGUGAUCUACAACUUCCUCAGCCUGUGUUAUGAGUACCUUGGAGGGGAGAGCGCCAUCAUGGCUGAGAUCAGAGGAAAGCCCAUUGAGUCCAGCUGUGUGUACGGCACCUGCUGUCUCUGGGGAAGGACUUACUCCAUUGGGUUCCUCCGAUUCUGCAAACAGGCCACUCUGCAGUUCUGUGUGGUGAAGCCUUUGAUGGCCAUGAUCACGGUCAUCCUGCAGGCCUUUGGGAAGUACAGAGACGGAGACUUCAAUGUGGCCAGUGGGUACCUGUAUGUGACCAUCAUCUAUAACUUCUCUGUCAGCCUGUCUCUCUACGCCCUCUUUCUCUUCUACUUCGCCACCCGCAACCUGCUGGUCCCCUACAGCCCCAUGCUCAAGUUCCUCAUGGUCAAGUCUGUCAUCUUCCUCUCUUUCUGGCAGGGUAUGCUGCUGGCCAUCCUGGAGAAGUGUGGAGCCAUCCCUAAAAUCAACUCUCCCGAAGUGUCAGUUGGGGAGGGCACGGUCGCCGCCGGCUACCAGAACUUUAUCAUCUGCAUUGAGAUGUUCUUUGCCGCUGUGGCCCUGCGCCACGCCUUCACAUACAAGGUCUACAUGGACAAGAGGCUGGACUCCUACGGGUCCUUUCCUAUUUAUGGACAGUACGGUCGCUGCGCCCCAAUGAAGAGCAUCUCCAGCAGUCUGAAGGAGACCAUGAACCCCGGAGACAUGGUGCAAGACGCCAUCCACAACUUCUCCCCGGCCUACCAGCAGUACACACAGCAGUCCACCCUUGAGCAGCGCGGAGGGGCGCCGGUGUCCCGCAGCCACAGCAACCUCAGCACCCGCGACAACGAGAAGACCCUGCUGCUCAGCUCUGACGAUGAGUUCUGAGCCCCCCUACACACCGACCGGUGGUACUACUGUGGGGUGGAGACGGGAGGGGCUUUAUGGACUCUACUACAGUGCCGUAUGAAAUCGACAGGCUUGAGUACUUUGGCUGAUCCACUUCAUUGCAUACAUGAACAUAGUACUCAUAUUCUCAGUCUAUUUUGACAAUACAAACAACCUACUACAUAGAGGUCCAUUGUCACAUACCACUGCCAAUAUGGAUCACUACAGAUACACACACUCGUGCAUAGACCAUUCCCAGGUGUCUUCAGGCUGUGUGUUAACACUCCAAAAGGCCUACCACACAGAGAAACACUUAACAACCUGCAUGCCAUUGACAUGAGUGCCAUUGAAAUAUUGUCAAUUAUACAGCAUCCCCCCUCACCCUCCUGCCAGCUCUGCGUCUUGCUGAAAUGUUGCCAAAUAGAGGGAGAUCCCGCUUGGUCAGCAGGACCCUCUCUAACUUAAGAUUUCAGAGUGACUUGGAUAAGACACUAAGGGAUCCCGAAAUUAAUGUAUAUUUUGAUGUUUAUUGACCUGAUGGUAUUCUUCUCAUUUUAAACGAAUCUAUUAUGAAGGGAGGUUAUUAUUAUAUGAUGGGUGUUAGUGUGUGUUGGCAUGAACAGGAAGGUACAGUGAGGAUAAUAUAAUUGGGGGGUUUUGGGGGUCAUUUGGGGUGUCUCCCGGAACGUUAUGGUUGUUGUUGACGACGUAUGAGGGAACAGCUGUUGACAGAGGUUUGGUGUGGAUUUCAGAUUAAAGAGGAAUGGGCUUCUUAGCAGAGCUGGACCCGGCCGCAGCAGACAGGAUUAGAAUCCCGUAAUUGGGGCAUUAUGUGCGGCACAGAUCAGGCAUGUUUUAUCAUCACGUUGGUGUAACGGUCAUAUCGCGCCGAACUGCGCAUGUGCAGACCGUCUAAUCAAGGGAUGUCUUGAUUAUGUUUUUUGGACAAAAAUGAAAACUUGUCAGUUUGUCACUUUCACGAGGUUGGAGUAAUAACAUGUUCAACUACUUAAGACAUUGACUCAAAUCUAGGUUGUGUCUUUAGAUUGAGAAAAUAAACAACUAAUUUCACUGUUCUCAUCUCAAACCUCAGCCUGGUCUGUUUCAUAGGUGUUCCUGGAAGACUUCAAUGUUGCACCUCUGGGUUUAGGUGAAGUUGUCAAGGGUAUGGGGACCAAGCAAUUCUUCCCCCUGGUGGCAAGAGGCAGAGAGAUUUCCAGCCCAGCCUCUGGGAGGGGCCUGUUGAGCAGAAAUAGUUUCUUUGAAUACAUAGGCAAGCCUUGGCUAUCUUCAGCAUUAAUAUACUUCAGUUAUGCCUGAAUAUACCUGCUUUCUUCAUCAUGGCUGUUUUCUUGUCUUGUUAGGGUUGCUAUGUUGCUGCUCAGUGUCACUAGCCUCCUCAUUGAUGUUUUUCCUUUGAGAGGUCUUUUUGCUGAAGACAACACACAAACAGAUAAUUUUGAAACGUUUUACUCAUAAAAAAUCCUCUCACUGACCUGUCAAUUCCAAAACUGCAGUUUUACAAAAAAUGUAAAUAGGAACACUACCCAUAUUUGAAUACCUGAGUGAAGUGUUUUUCUACAGCAGGGGUUCUUAAACGUUUAUCUUGAAACCCAAAUUAGACAUUUUACCGUCCUCCCGUGACUCAAAUCUUCCUCUAACGACCCAAAUUAAGAAGAAAUCUAUAUGUUAUUAUAGAUGUAUUCUCAUAACUCGCGACCCACCUCUCACAUGUCCAGGGCCCACUUCGGGUUAAAAAACCCUGGUCUACAGGGUCCAAUAAAUACAGUACCAGUCAAAAGUUACUACUCAUUCCAGGGUUUUUCUUUAUUUUUUACUAUUUUCUACAUUGUAGAAUAAUAGGGAAGACAUCAAAACUAUGAACACAUAUGGAAUCAUGUAGUAACCAAAAAUAAGUUAAACUAAUCAAAAUAUAGCCACCCUUUGCCUUGACAGCUUUGCACACUCUUGGCAUUCUCUCAACCAGCUUCAUGAGGUAGUCACCUGGAAUGCAUCAUUUAUAUUUUAUAUUUCUCAAAGUAGCCACCUUUUGCCUUGAUGAUAGCUUUGCACACUCUUGGCAUUCUCUCAACCAGCUUCACCUGGAAUGCUUGAAGGAUUUCCCACAUAUGCUGAGCACUUGUUGGCUGCUUUUCCUUCACUUUGCGGUCCAACUCAUCCCAAACCAUCUCAAUUGGUUUGAGGUCGGGUGAUUGUUGAGGCCAGGUCAUCUGAUGCAGCACUCCAUCACUCUCCUUAUUGGUCAAUUAGCACUUACACAGCCUGGAGGUGUGUUGGGUCAUUGUCCUGUUGAAAAACAAAUGAUAGUCCCACUAAGUGCAAACCAGAUGUGAUGGCGUAUCGCUGCAGAAUGCUGUGGUAGCCAUGCUGGUUAAGUGUGCCUUGAAUUAAAUAAUAAAUCACUGACAGGUUCACCAGCAAAGCACCCCCACACCUCCUUCUCCAUGCGUCACGGUUGGAACCACACAUACAGAGAUCAAUCCAUUCACCUGCUCUGCGUCUCACAAAGACACGGCGGUUGGAGACAAAAAAUCCCAAAUUUGUAGUCAGAGCCAAAGUACAGAUUUCCACCAGUCUAAUGUCCAUUGCUCGUGUUUCUUGGCCCAAGCAAGUCUCAUUAUUGGUGUCCUUUAGUAGUGGUUUCUUUGUAGCAAAUCGACCAUGAAGGCCUGAUUCACGCAGUCUCCUCUGAACAGUUGAUGUUGAUGUGUCUUACAUUUAUUUGGGCUGCAAUUUCUGAGGCUGGUAACUCCAAUGAACUUAUCUUCUGCAGCAGAGGUAACUCUUGGUUUUCCUUUCCUGUGGCGGUCCUCAUGAGAGGUUUUUGCAACUGCAUUUGAAUUUUCCGGAUUGGCUGACCUUCAUGUCUUAAAGUAAUGGACUGUCGUUUCUCUUUGCUUAUUCAAACUGUUCUUGCCAUAAUAUGGACUUGGUCUUUUACCAAAUAUAUUCUGUAUACCACCCCUACCUUGUCACAACACAACCGAUUGGCUCAAACGCAUUAAAGAAGGAAAUAAAAUUACACAACUUAACAAUGCACACCUGUUAAUUGAAAUGCAUUCCAGGUGACUACCUCAUGAAGCUGCUUGAGAGAAUACCAAGAGUGUGCAAAGCUGUCAAGGCAAAGGGUGGCUAUAUUUUGAUUUGUUUAACACUUUUUUGGUUACUACAUGAUUCCAUAUGUGUUAUUUCAUUAGUUUUGAUGUCCUCGCUAUUAUUAUAAAAUGUAGAAAAUAGUAAAGAAUAAUGAAAAACCCUGGAAUGAGUAGGUGUGUCCAAACUUUUGACUGGCACUGUAUAUGUCAUAGGUUUGAAUGUUAAGUAUAGGCUACAUACAUUUAAGUGAUUGUUUUAAUGAUGUGUCUUUUGAUUAAAAUCAAUAUAUUAUUCCUGAAAAGACAGGAUAUUGUAUAUAAAGUUGAACUAGAUAAUGGAAUGUUUAUUGGUGGGUAUAAUAAUGAUAAAGCACAGAAUGCUUACUUCUGUAUCGUCUUUGCUCUAUAUUCCUUAUAUUAUUUUGUUUCAUACUUUUGUGUUCAUUUGUAUAUUGGUAUUAUUCUGCUUUAUAGAUUCUGAUGCAAUUUUUUGUCUUUGUGGUGUUAAAACAACCGCAAAAUAAAAAGACAGAUAAAAUUGAA